AGACUGUUUUGAUGUGAUAUCAGUUCAGAUAUACUACCCAAGAAUUCUAUUUUUUUCAGUCACUAAUAUUGCUAUAAAAUUAAUAGUUCUUGUUUCUGUAGUACUACACUUAACUUAAAUUUGAGCAGUAGGACAUUCAGUGCUCUCAAACAGUAUCGGAAAACACCUGAAACGGCGUCUGCAUGUUGUUUAUAAACAAGAAUGUAGUUGUGAUUGAUAAUCUAUUUUUAUUAAUUUGUUUAUAAUUUUAUAAACGUUCCAGUCAUGUGUUCCUGAUUUAACCCCCUCAUUUGACUUUUAAUCAUUCUGUUCAAAAAUGGCUGCAAAAGGUCUCACUACAAGUAUUUACUUCAACACGAGUGCAUCAAGUUGCCAACUGAGGACGUCAUCGCGAAGGAAUCCUGAAAGCUGUAUUGAACACGAUGAAAGCGCAAGCAGCAGCAAGAGGCCGAGGCUACACGCGGACACGACCAGCCCGCCCGCGGAGCGGCUCGGGGACGACUUCUACAGCGUGCCGUGCCAGGUCCUCGCCAGGAGGCUGCUGGGGAAGGUCCUGGCACGCAGGCUGGACGGCGGCGCCGUGCUUAAAGGCAGGAUCGUGGAGACCGAGUGCUACCUCGGGGGCGAAGACAAAGCUUCGCACUCGCACGGGGGCAAGGUCACGGAGAGGAACAAGCCCAUGUACAUGAAGCCCGGCACGGCGUACGUCUACUUCACGUACGGGAUGUACCACUGCUUCAACAUCUCGAGCUUGGAACCAGGUUCGUGUGUUCUGCUUCGUUCUGUAGAACCACUCGAAGGUCUGGAGCAAAUGCGCCACCUGAGAAGAACGAAAAGGAAGAAAAAGCAGGAUGGCAGUGCUAUGAAUGAUUGUUGCGCAAAAGAGCUCAAAGACACUGAAGUGUGCAACGGACCAGCCAAGCUGUGCAUCAGCUUCGACAUUGGGAAGGAGAACAGCAAUACAAAAGACUUGUGUAGGUGGGAUGGCAUGUGGAUCGAGGAAGAUGGGGCAGGGGAAAGAAUAGAACUUCAGCAUGUAGUGUCUUGCCCCCGAAUCGGUAUCGACUCAGCAGGCACAGAGUGGGCGCAAAAGCAGUUGCGGUUUUACAUCCUAGGAAACAAGUUUGUCAGUCGUAGGAAUAAAGCAGCUGAAAAACAACUCGCAGAAUUAACAUGAAAUUCAGAAGGUUGCAGUGUUCAGAAUUUUCGUAUGAAAAAGAAAUUCAGUCGAAUGGACUCAUGAUGAGAUAGAUAUCCAUGUAAAACUUUGUGGCAGGCCUAUUUGACCAAACUUACAAUCAAGAUUAAUUUCAGAGGAAGAUGUUUUGACAUUGUGUCUUUGUUUGCUACCGUAAGAUUAACUAUAAAACAAUUAACUUCCAAGCACUCUGUGAAAUACAAUAGUUUUGAUUCACUGAGUUGAUGUGAACCGCGGCAAUCUCAGAUAAGCAAAAUCUCUGCUAACACGGAUGUAAUAAAAAAUUGUCUUGGUGUUCAGUUGACCAAGAGAUACUAUUUUUCAGGGUUAAUUCUUCCGAGCUUUUCUUCAGUGUAGAUUCUUUCACAUCCUCUAAAAAUUGCCCAAACAGUAAAUUUCAUCUUUGAGGUUAAUUUUCUUUGGCUUUCGACAACACUACUGUAAGUACUCCUAAAUGCUUUUUGGUCCUAAAAUCCUGCCUUGCAGCAAGUGCUGACUAGUAGCCACUUGCUCUGAAAACAAAUUUGGACUCUUGCGUUCUCAUAAUUCAAUAUCGUAAUAGUUUAUUCUGAAACUUCUUACUCAUUAGCAAGGGAGUUUACACAUUUUUCAGAGUUGUUGAUAACUGUGAAUAUGAUAUCAUUUAUAACUUUUUAACAAUUCAUACAGUGAACACUUUGGAACUGUAAUAUCAUGAAACUGUCAAAAAUUAACAAGGAUACAAAAAGUGUGUCAACACAUAGGUACUUAAUACCUGAGCUAGGAAAUUCACCAGUUCUGCCCAGCAUACGACUUCUGAGCAGUUGGUAUGCACCUGUAUGUACAUUGGAAAUACAGUGGAGUCUCACUAAUCCGAACGAGUUAGGGUGAAAACUUGAACUAUUUGUAUUUUAAAAAUAAUUCUUGAUGGCAUGACCCAAUUAUCAACAUUUUAAGUGAUUUUGUACUUGUAAAAAUGCUAUAGGCUGUGUUACGUGAUAACUAAAUGCUUAUAGAGAUGUAAUAUUUUACCAGUAGUUGUUGCAUUAUAACAAUAAUUCGAAUCAUAUCUGAAAAUAUGGUAAUCCGAACAGGUCUCUGCACCAUUUAGUUUGGAUAGCAGGACUUCACGGUAUCUCAAAAACAAAAGUUGCGAUUAGAGUGAGAUUUGAUUGAUACAAGAACUACUUUCUGUUAGCUUUGUGACACUUUUGGUGCUUAAAUACUGUCUAUCUCAUGAUUAUGUCACAUUUGUGUUUCAUUGAAAUCCAAACAAAGAUAGAAUUAACAGAUUUUAUAAAUUAAAUUUUAAAUAGCGUGCAACAUUAUAGAUCCAGUAACACAUCACUAACCCAGAAUGAUGUGAUUGAUUGUAUUUUGAUAUAAAUGAAAGCAAUAAAUGAUUGUAUUUAUUUCA